UUGACUCUGCGUGGUUAGAGUUGUAUGCUUGAGCGGUGUCCGCCACUGCGGAUGGCGAGGGAUCUGAUCGGGCCGGCGCUGCCGCCCGGCUUCAAGGCCCGCGGGACAGCCGAGGACGAGGAGCGAGACCCCAGCCCUGUUGCAGGACCAGCUCUGCCCCCUAAUUAUAAAAGCAGUAGCUCGGAGUCCUCAGACAGUGAUGAGGACAGUAGUUCAUUAUAUGAAGAAAAUCAAGAAUCUGAAGACGAUGACAGUGGUCCAGUGGCAAGAAAACAGAGGAGAAAUCAAGAUGACGACGACGAUGAUGAUGAAGGGUUUUUUGGACCAGCUCUUCCUCCUGGAUUUAAAAAGCAGGAUGAUUCUCCUCCAAGGCCUAUAAUAGGUCCUGCACUACCACCUGGUUUUAUUAAAUCUACUCAGAAAAGUGACAAAGGCAGAGAUGAUCCAGGACAACAAGUAUCAUCAUAUUUCAACUCUGAGGAAACAGAUAGCAGUGAAGAUGAGGACAUUGUUGGACCAAUGCCUGCCAAAGGACCAGUUAACUAUAGCGUCACAACAGAGUUUGAAAAAAGGGCCCAGCGAAUGAAAGAGAAACUGACCAAAGGAGACAAUGAUUCAUCUAAACCAAUGACAAGAGAGUCAUGGAUGACUGAGCUUCCUCCAGAAAUGAAAGACUUUGGUCUGGGGCCCAGAACUUUUAAGAGAAGGGCGGAUGACAAAUCUGGAGAUCGAUCAGUCUGGACAGACACUCCAGCAGACAGGGAGAAGAAAGCCAAGGAAACACAAGAAGCAAGGAAAUCAUUUAAUAAGAAGGAUGAAGAACAUACAUUGUCAGGAAGGGAAAAGAGAUUGGCUGAGCAGGUAUCCUCAUACAAUGAAUCAAAAAGAUCAGAAUCUCUUAUGGACAUUCAUCAUAAAAAAUUAAAGAAUAAAGCUGCUGAAGAAAAAAAUAAGCCCCAAGAAAGAAUACCAUUUGACCGUGAUAAAGAUCUCAAGGUUAAUCGGUUUGAUGAAGCUCAGAAAAAAGCUCUGAUAAAGAAAUCUAGAGAACUAAACACCAGAUUUUCACAUGGCAAAGGCAGUAUGUUUUUAUAAGGGGAUUUCCCUGUGCAGUGAAGAAAAGUUGAAGAAUACGCUUUUAUCUGUCUGUCCACCUUUAUCCCUUUGUUUUGAGUUUCUUGAGAUUAGAGAUGACUUCGGUCUUAAAAACCAUACAAACUUACCUUGUGUGUAUAUCCUGUAAGUUCUAUGGAAACCUAGUCAGUAUUUCUUAUGUGGAAUAGAAUUUUAUGUGUCUUCGGCUUCUGAGGAAGUGUGGGCUUUUCUUCAAAUAAUUAUUUUGAGGCUCUCCCAUCCGAGCCCUAAUUUUUGUGGUGUCUCACAAGUAUCCUGUAAGAUCUUGGUCAGGACUAUCCACCAAAUCUCCACCAAAGCUUAGACUUCCUCAUCAAAUGUUACUCACCUGCCCCUGGAGUAAAUGUGCCGGGUCCUUGCAGUAAAUCCAUGAAUUUGAAAUUGUUUGGGUUUUCCCUCUAAACCGUGAAUACACAUUUACAAAUAGAGGGCUCAGAGGUUUCAUCUGUUUUGUUCACAUUAGCUUGUUUGGGCGAUCAGGGCUUUUUAUUUGUUUGGGCUUUUGUUUUUCUAUUUUGGUUGGUUCUAUUUGGUUUUGGUUUUUAAGUCAGCAAGAAGGGCCUCUGCAUUCUCAUGUGCUAAGGAAAAACUAUAUUGAUUUUUCCAAUAUUAAUAAGUAUUUCUGGGGGAGGCAAUCUGAGGGACAAAAUAUGCCCUUAAGCAUUAGAGGUGUGAAGUCUAAGACUUGGUCUCCAUGGUCUCAGUCAAAGCUUUCUAAUUAAGUCUUUAAACUUUGCUUCACGAUGAUCUUAUUUUACCCUUUUAUAGAUUUUAGCUAAUUUAUUGGAAACUGAUCUUUUUUAUCAGUCAUGAAUAGUCUCUUAAAAAAAUCAAGCUCCUAAUCCCUGAAUACAGAAAUAUAAAUGGACACGUUAAUCAUAACCACCCUAAUGAGAGUAUGUAAGUUUGUAAUGCUUGAGGUACCAUCUGUCGGGAUGUUAAAUAGAAUAUUCUAAAUGGUUAAAUCCUAAAUUCAAAUUCUCUAAGUUUUGUUUUCUUACAGAGCCAUUCUAAUUGUUCACUAGUUCUGUGGUCUAUUCUUGAUAAAGCAUGAAGGGUUUUGUUUUUUGUUUUUUAUGGGGAAAAACACAAAAUGAGAGACGAGGUGGAAGUGUGAGGUUUCAGUGGAAAAACAUUCUAAUCCCUUGUUCAUUUAGGCUUUAUGACAAUUGAGUGACCUCUUCAGAUUAUGGCACAAAUUAUUCUUUGCUUUUAUGAUAUCAGCCUAAACAGUAGCCUAAUCAAGGAGUGUAGCUACUAAAAUGAUGAAUUAUUCUCCCAAGCAAACCGAGAAAGCCUCUUGUCUCAGAACUUGAACAGAACUACCGUUUGCCUAAGAUCUCAUUUUUAGUGAGUAAUAUUUUCUGAGCCCAAAACUUUGUAUAAAAGCAUCCAUUGCUCUUAUUUAAUUUUGUUACAAUUUUUCGCCAAUGAAAGGAAGAAAUGUUUUCUAAUUCCUUAUCCUUGUAUGAAUUCCUAACAUAUAUUUUUGGGAAAUUUGGUAUUUUUUAAAGUAAAAAUGUCACCUUUGGUUACUUAUUUUUCUUUGUUUUCUUCAUCUUAAAGAGAUAGGAUAUUUCCGUAUCACCUAUUUACUGUUUUUCCCCUCACCUUGAAGCAUCUUUGUCCUCAGCAAAAGGGAGAAAACCUCUUUUUUUGGCCUAAUGCUUUCCAUGAGUUACCACCUUAUUGCUUCUUGUCACCCCAGGACAGUUUUAAUCAAAUGUAAGGCCAGACGGGAGGUUUUUAUGCCCCUCCCCCCACAGGGACUACGCCCAAUAUAACAGUAUUGAUAAUAGAAUAGAGUUGCUAUUUACACAGAAUGGAAAGGUGCUCAUGUCAGCCCCUCCCCUCUUCCAAAGUGGUGAAAAGCCUACUUAAAUCAAGUCUCCAUCCAUCUGGCAGAAAAUUGGCUUUGCUGACAUCUUCUAAUAAGAACUUUUUAAUUUCCUAUACUUCUUGGCUAAGUUUUCUAGAACUGCAUCCUCCUUUGAAACUUCAAAAUGAAGAAGAAAAAAGAGCAACACUCAGUUCGAAGGGUGAAGCAGAUACUUUAACUUUCUUUUCCAUUGAAGGUGACAUCCAAGUUCAUUGUACCUGAAAGUACAUGAUUUUUGUCCACCUCUGUAAAUCGUCAUCUCAGAUUGAGUUACUUCCACAAGUAACCACAUUACUGAUAAAUAAAUGGUGACUUUAGCAAGUGAGAGAAUUGGGAAUGGGGACAGAAGGUGAGAGAUGAUGGCUUCACCCAUUCAUUAUCAGGUAAAUUAAAGCCUUUUUAUAUUGGGCAAAAUAUUGUAAAUUAAGUCCUGCUCUUUAAAAAAAAAAAAAAAAAGCCAUGGUCUUACUAAAAGUUUUUAAUCGUCUUCGGAUAUAGCAACCAUUCGACAUUUAAUUUAUCUCUUAAACUUUUAGUAUUUCUCUGACUUAAUGACUUAUUUAAAAGUGAGGUUGAGAGGGACACCUGGGUGUGGCUCAGUCGGUUGAGUGUCUCCCUUCAGCUUGGGUCAUGGUCCCGGGGUCCUGGGAUCAAGCCCCAC